AUGGGCACUAUUUCAUCAUUAUCAUUUACAUUAGAUAAUCCAAAUCAAACUACAAAUGAUCAAACAGAAACAUCAGAUAACAAGAAAGAUUAUAUAAAACGUCGUCGUAUAUCAAUUAUAAAUGAAUAUUUGAUUAGUACAUCAACACAUGGUCUAAAAAGUUUAGGUUCAGCUUAUAAUACUUUACAUUUUCUAUUUUGGUUUUUAACAUUUUUAUUAGCAUGUAGUUUAAUGUUAUAUUUUAUUGUACAAUGUAUAAUUGAAUAUUAUCAUUAUCCAACUCAAACAAUAAUUGAAAUUAGAUCUGAAACUGAAAUAAAUUUCCCAGCCAUAACAUUUUGUAAUUCAAAUCCAUUUCGCUAUGAUAAAAUUAAUGAAUCAUAUAAUAAUUAUUUACUAAAUACAAAUUGUUCAUAUAUUAAUAAUAAUGUCUAUUGUAUGAAACAAUUUAUAAACGAUUUGUUUAAUUCGAAUAAUCAAACACAAAUAAUUAAUUAUGAUUAUGUUAUAAAUGAUUUAUUAGUCGAUUGUAAUUAUAAUAUAUUAGAUUGUGGUAAUAAAUCAAAAUAUAUUCCAUUUAUUCCAGACAAAUAA